UUUCCACUUACAAAAUUUAUUGGUAAUUAUUUCUCCAAUUUAGGAAACAAUUAACAAUUAAUCGCAUCAUGAAGGGCCUGUUUUGGAGGUUUAGUAAGUGAGCGCACACGUUAAGGAUUGCCACGUCAUCAGAAAAACCUGAAACGUGCAUCCUCUCUCUCUUUCUCGCACUCGGUUUCUGGAUUCCCGGAAAAUACUGUUAUCGUCGUCGAGUCCGUCUCCUUCGUCUUCUGGUCAACGAUGAAUAUCUUUAGAUUCGCCGGCGAUAUGACUCACUUGAUGAGUAUCUUAAUCCUUCUCCUCAAAAUCUACGCGACGAAAUCCUGCGCCGGUGAGUUCUCUUCCCUUGUGUAUGCUUCGAAGACGAGCUCUCGAAAACAAUCUCGCAUUGCUUUGACCAGAAUCUCUCUGAAGACGCAGGAGCUGUAUGCGCUUGUGUUCUUGACUCGGUACUUGGAUCAGUUCACGGAUUACGUGUCUCUCUACAACAGCGUGAUGAAGGUUGUCUUCAUUGCUAGCUCGUUGGCUAUCGUUUGGUGUAUGCGUAGGCAUCCACUUGUGCGGAAGUCGUACGAUAAGGACCUUGAUACAUUUCGUCAUCAGUACGUUUUGUUAGCAUGUUUUGUGUUGGCGCUUCUCCUGCAUGAGAUAUUCACUUUCCAAGAGGUGUUCUGGGCCUUUUCAAUAUACUUGGAGGCAGUUGCUAUCCUUCCCCAGUUGGUUCUGCUACAGAGAAGUGGGAAUGUGGACAAUUUGACUGGACAAUAUGUUCUCUUUCUUGGGGCGUAUCGUGGAUUAUAUAUCAUCAACUGGAUCUAUCGAUAUUUCACAGAGGAUCAUUUCACUAGAUGGAUCGCUUGUGUGUCCGGUCUUGUCCAAACUGCUCUCUAUGCGGAUUUCUUCUACUACUACUACUUGAGCUGGAAAACCAAUACUAAACUGAAGCUUCCGGCUUGAGCAGAACCAGACAAAUUUUGUAAGUGUGUCAAAGUUCAGGAAAUUACAUAGACAGUGACACUUGAAAAACGAAAAUAGACAUGGUUUGGUAUCUGGUUUCUCCCUAUUGUUAGUUGUUACAAUCUAACAGGGAGAAUGAUGCAGCAUUGUUGUUUUAGAAGUUCUUUACCUUCUUAAUGGACAUUGUAACUUUCCAGAGUGUGAAUUACACGUGGAGGUUGAAAUCAAAACUCUUCGUUGAA